AUGAAGUUCUUUAUCGAUGAGCUGCCCAUUCUUUUCCCAUACCCUAGGAUCUAUCCGGAGCAAUAUGCUUGGAAUCGGCGUUCAGAAACCCUGGAUGCAGGCGGGCACUGCGUUCUGGAGAUGCCUUCAGGAACGGGAAAGACAGUCUCGCUGCUCUCACUCAUUGUUGCAUACCAACAACACAACCCCGAGCACCGGAAGCUAAUCUACUGCUCUCGUACCAUGUCCGAGAUCGAAAAGGCCCUUGCUGAGCUGAAGGCUCUCAUGAAGUACAGAGCACAAGAGCUCGGCGAAGAAGAAGAAUUCCGCGGCCUCGGACUGACGAGUAGAAAGAACUUGUGUCUACAUCCUUCGGUCAAGCAGGAGAAGAGUGGUGCCAUUGUCGACGCUCGUUGCCGGAGUCUCACAGCUGGGUUCGUCAAGGAGAAGAAGGACCGCGGCGAGAACGUCGAUGUCUGCGUCUACCACGAUAACCUGGACCUGCUUGAGCCGCACAAUCUAAUUCCCAACGGAGUCUGGACGUUUGACGGCCUCUUGAAAUAUGGCGAGCAGCACAAGCAGUGUCCUUACUUCACCGCGAGACGCAUGAUGCAAUUCUGCAAUGUCAUCAUCUACUCCUACCACUACCUUCUCGACCCCAAGAUCGCGGAGAGAGUGUCUAGAGAACUAUCAAAAGAUUGCAUUGUGGUCUUUGACGAAGCCCACAACAUCGACAAUGUCUGCAUCGAGUCCCUCAGCACGGACAUCACGGAGGACUCUCUGCGAAAGGCCACAAGAGGAGCGCAGAAUCUGGAACGGAAGAUCGCAGAGAUGAGGGACACCGACCAAGAGCAGCUGCAAAAUGAGUACCAGAAGCUGGUUGAGGGUCUCCGUGGCGCCGACGAGGCACGGCAAGAAGACGCGUUCAUGGCGAAUCCAGCACUGCCCGACGACUUGCUGAAGGAGGCGGUUCCGGGCAACAUUAGGAGAGCCGAGCAUUUUGUGUCCUUCCUGAAGAGAUUCAUCGAGUAUCUCAAGACCCGCAUGAAGGUUAGGCACACGAUAUCGGAGACGCCGCCAUCCUUUCUCGCCCAUCUCAAGGAGUACACCUUUAUCGAGAAGAAGCCCCUGAGGUUUUGUGCCGAGAGGCUAACGUCGCUCGUGCGGACUCUUGAGCUCACCAACAUUGAAGAUUACCAGCCUCUUCAGGAGGUUGCCACCUUUGCGACUCUUGUCGCAACGUACGAGAAGGGCUUCCUGCUUAUCCUCGAGCCUUUCGAGUCGGAAACGGCCGAGGUGCCCAACCCGGUGUUGCAUUUCACAUGCCUCGACGCCGCCAUCGCCAUCAAACCCGUCUUUGACAGGUUCAGCUCCGUCAUUAUCACGUCGGGAACCAUCUCUCCGCUUGAAAUGUACCCCAAGAUGCUGGGGUUCUCGACCGUAGUGCAGGAAUCAUACAGCAUGACCCUGGCGAGGAGGUCUUUCCUGCCCAUGAUCGUCACCCGCGGAAGUGACCAGUCUUCCAUCUCCACUAGUUUCCAGGUCAGAAACGAGCCGAGUGUUGUCCGGAACUACGGCACCCUCCUCACAGAGUUCGCCAAGAUCACGCCGGACGGCAUGGUCGUCUUCUUCCCGUCGUAUCUGUACAUGGAGUCCAUCAUCAGCAUGUGGCAGGGCAUGAACAUUCUGGAAGAGGUCUGGAAAUACAAGCUCAUCCUCGUUGAGACGCCCGACGCACAGGAGACGUCACUUGCGCUAGAGACCUACCGGACGGCCUGCUGCAACGGUCGCGGCGCCGUCCUGCUGUGCGUCGCCCGAGGCAAGGUCUCGGAGGGUAUCGAUUUCGACCACCAAUACGGCAGAACCGUGUUGUGCAUAGGCGUACCGUUCCAGUACACCGAGUCCCGAAUCCUCAAGGCGAGACUCGAGUUCCUGCGCGAGACGUACCGCAUCCGCGAGAACGACUUCCUGUCCUUUGACGCCAUGCGCCACGCCGCACAGUGCCUGGGUCGCGUCCUGCGUGGCAAGGACGACUACGGCAUCAUGGUCCUCGCGGACCGCCGGUUCCAGAAGAAGCGCGUGCAGCUGCCCAAGUGGAUCAAUCAGGGCCUGCUCGACGCCGACACGAAUGUAAGCACCGACAUGGCCGUCAGCAGCGCUCGGCGCUUCCUCAAGCAGAUGGCGCAGCCGUUCCGGGCAAAGGACCAGGAGGGCGUGAGCACCUGGAGCUACGAGGACCUGAUGAAGCAUAAGGAGAAGAUGGACUUGGAGCGCAUCCAGGAGCUUGAAGAAGCCGGCGUCGGCGGCGAUGGAUACGGGGCUGACGGCGGAGACGAGUACGGCAUGGACGACGACCUUGACAACGAUCUGAUGGAGAUUGACGACGGGUUCUGA